GUCAUAAGCAGAGUACCAACAAUUUAUUCAUAGUAACUUCUAUUCCGUGACGUUAUAACACAGUUGAACUAUCCUAACAAUGUGAUAAUCCAGCGAGACGAUGAACAACGCAGCGGUCAUAGGCAGACAGUUGCGCCGACAGAAACAUUACCGGGGAUCGUAUCAAGCACAAAAUAAUUCCCAAAACAAGGAGAAGAGGAAUUGUAUCGCCGAGCUUCGGGAGAGGAUCACUGUAGAGUGUAUCGUAAAAACGUGCAAAGCUUUCAGUAUUGGGUCGUUUGUAUUUUCGGUGGGGCUAUCAAUGAUGGUGGUCGGCUUCUACGCCGAACCCUUAUCCACGUACGUCGAUGUUGCCGCUAAUGGCACGCGGUUCUUUCGCGUAGACAUCAGUCAACGAACUGGACUCGAAUACUUAACCUAUGUGGGCCCCAUCAUCAUGGGGAUAGGGGGAAUCACUCUCGUUGCUGCCUAUGUUUUUACCUUCGGGAUGAAAGAAUCCACUGGAGCAAAGGUAGUACCUGUAACGGCUGAACGGCUAACUGGAGUAGACAGCCUGUUUCGGAGUAAGCCAGUGCGGAAACGGGACACUCCUGAUCUGGUAGAACAGGCGGUAGAACAGACUGCCAGUCAGAGGGUUAACGCUUUAACCAAGCCGGAGAUAUCUCCCGUCAUUAUACUUCAACCCAGUUGUCUGCAGCAACUCUUGCCCUCGGACCAGGGAGGAAGGACAUCAACGCCCAGGCUCUAGCCUUCUUGUCAUUGUAACUUUCAGUUCAUGUGCCGGAUAAGAGGUAAACAGCUGGGACUAAACGGUGGGGUGCCUUGAUAACACGACAGUAUAUGGAGUAUCAGCCCAACUAAUCUCUGGCUGUUAUUUGUGAUGAUCCGAGUUGAGGAGAAAUUGUACGUUUUGUGAUUACCUAACCCUAUUUUUUUUACAAUCUAGAGAAAAGGGUAAAUCUUUGUUAAGUUUUUCACAUCUUUUUAUUUAUAUUCAAAGUGAUUUCUUUCUUCAAGAAGUUUAAUAAUUUCGUAAAGCUUUAUCACAAAGGAACUUAUCUAUACCUCCAGGUUUGGGGUCUUUUUUUCUCAUCGACACGGUAAAAAAACCUUCAUAUGUAAGUGUAUUUACUUUAUUUUUCUCUUAAGAACAAACAUUGGUUCAACUAUAAAUGACUGAUCAUACUCGUAAAGUACCUGUUAAACCCCGUAAAGUAAGGAGAACAUGUUAAGUUGUCAAAAAUGAAAGGAAACGUAAAAUGUAGUAAGGUCUCUUCAAACUUCCGCUAAACUCAUAAAGAAGUUUAUUUUAAGAAAUACACGGUUUAAUCAUCGCUUACUACAAAAUAUAACAUGUACAGGUUUUCUAAUUCUUCGCCAGUUUCGAAAGUAGGUUCUGUUUUCGGUUUUUACUCUGUUGCUGACUGUGUAACGCAACAGAAUGAAUAACAAUAAGGAAAUAUCUAAGAAUAAGAAGUGUGAUAAAUGUAACAGGGUAGUAGAGGACUGAACACGUGCAGCUCUAAGUGAGGAACUGACUCAUUACAAGAAUCUUUCUUGUGCAAGUGACCAAUAAACCAACUAAACCUAGAAUUGAUUAGAACUUAUCAUUAAUCCCAGAGAUCUGAGAAAGAAGUGGAUUUUGACAGAUUUAUUAUUUUUAAAAUAAAGAUGAUAUUUUUUUUUAAAUCGCUGGCGACCAACUUAAUCAGUUACGUAAGGACUUUAUUUUACUGUUUUUGAAAUGUUUU